AGCCAAUGGGAGUCUGGAGAGGUGGAGAUCCCCGCGGUGCAAGCUGGGCCUCCUCUCCGUUGCCCGGGAGCCGAAGCCGCCGAGCCGCCGCCCGUAGCCGCGGUCCGUGUUACAGGAUUAAAGUGUAUCUUGUGUUUACUGAUGUGGAGUACAGACCUAUUGUGAAAAAAACCAAACUACACAGAAAUAAAUAUUAUUAGCAGGAUAUGAAGCCUAUGAAAAUAUUCCUCAGUAUUUUCACGAAUCUAUAAGACUAUGUGACUAGAAGCCAUUGUUCCAAACAAUGGGGGAGAGAGCCAGAAGUCCAGAGACUGGUCCAGAAAGAAAAGCCAGCGAGCACCAUUUCUCUCAUUAUUCGUCUGACUUUGCAUCCUCACCACAGUCUUCCGGCCACUCAUCGCCUGUCAGUUCAUCUUCAUAUGUGAAUACUAAAGAGAAGCACCCCAAAAGACAGUUGUCAGACAACCAGGUGCAACACCAAACCUUUAGGAAAGUGAGUCCUAAGGCUGUUCCCAGCAAAAAGGGAGCCCGAGUGGGGUUCCGGUCCCAAAGCCUCAACAGAGAGCCGCUUCGGAAAGAUCCCGACAUCGUAACAAAGCGGGUCCUUUCUGCAAGGCUUCUGAAAAUCAACGAGUUGCAGAAUGAAGUGUCUGAACUGCAGGCCAAGCUAGCCCAGCUGCUGAAAGAAAACAAAGCUUUGAAAAGCCUUCAGUACCGCCAGGAGAAAGCGCUCAAUAAGUUUGAGGAUGCAGAGAGUGAAAUCUCACAGCUUAUACAACGCCAUAACAACGAGAUCACUGCGCUCAAAGAACGCUUACGGAAAUCUCAGGAGAAGGAACGGGUGACGGAGAAGAGAGUAAAAGACACAGAAGGCGAACUGUUUAGGACAAAAUUUUCCCUACAGAAACUGAAAAAGAUCUCCGAGGCCAGACACCUACCAGAACGAGAUGAUUUGGCCAAGAAACUAGUUUCGGCAGAGUUAAAAUUAGAUGACACCGAGAGAAAAAUUAAGGAGCUAUCGAAAAACCUCGAGCUGAGCACAAACAGUUUCCAGCGGCAGUUGCUUGCUGAAAGGAAAAGGGCAUUUGAGGCUUAUGAUGAAAAUAAAGUUCUUCAGAAGGAGCUACAACGGCUCUAUCACAAGUUAAAGGAAAAGGAGAGAGAAUUGGAUAUAAAAAACAUAUACUCUAAUCGUCUGCCGAAGUCCUCGCCAAAGAAAGAAAAAGAAGUUAUUGCAAGAAAAAAUGUGUCAUGCCAGAGUGACUUUACAGACCUGUGUACAAAAGGAGUACAGACCACUGAAGACUUUGGGCUGGAAGAAUUUCCUGUGAUAGCCCAUGAGACCAAAUGGCAUGAGCCAGAAUAUCUUUCUUCGUAUCCAGAAUACCAAGAGCGAAAUGAACAGGGAGCAGAGAUUCCAAAUUCUGUUUUGGGAAAAGAGGAAGAGCACAGCGACGGCCAGGAAGGAUGCUCUGCAAAGCAGGAGUCCUGGAAGCAGGAGAGCGAGUGGGAAAGAGAAGAACUUGAUACGAAGAAAGGGAAGUUGUCUUUGCUAGGAAGAGUAGAGAAGCCGGUGUUGGAGUCUGGAAGGUUCCAAAUGGAAACAUACCAAACUGAGAAUGUUGAUAAACUCGAAGACGAGGCAGAAAGACAGAAGACAGAAAUGCUUCUUGUCAAAUUGAACGAAAUCAACCAAGAACUCAAAGAUCCUCAGAACCUCAACCGGCCCCUUUUGCCGUUGCUCCCUAACUUUGAAUCAAAACUGCGCUCUCCAGACCUAAGCCCCAAAUCAUACACAUUCCGUGAGUCCUCAGACAGAUCCUUUAAUGGACAUCAUUUGCCAGAUGUGGGUUUUCUAACUCCCAGAGGAGAAGGCCGGAGUCCAGGGCCGAUGCACAGUCCAGCCCCUCCAGAUGAGUUUGCAUUUGGUAGCUAUGUGCCUUCAUUUGCAAAAACAUCAGGGAAGUCAAAUCUACUUAGCCAAAAAAGUAACCUUUUAGAUUUCCAGAACAACGGUUUGGAAAGCCUGAGUAAAGACAAUGCAGAAUUAAUUGCGAGAAAAGAGAAAAAAGCGAACCUGAUGGAGCAGCUGUUUGGCGCCAGCGCCAGCAGCACCACUGUUCCCUCUAAGAGCAGUGACCCACAUCUCCUAGCCACCAGCAGAGGUGACUUGGACUCUCUUCACUUCUCCUCCGGGGAUAAAGGCGGCAGAGUCCGGGAACCUGAUGAUGAGGAUGAGGACUUUUUCCUCAGUGAAGGAAGAAAUUUGAAUCCGAACAGACAACGGUUGAAGCACACAAGCAAUAAGCCAACAGUCACAGCCGUUGACUCUGUUGACGAGGACAUUAAAGAGGUCACACUCAGAUGACUGGCUGGAGCAGACAGAGUAGAUAUAUUUUUUCAACUGUAAAUAUUAAAGUAUUUUAAUACAGUAUUUAUUAUAAACAUUUAAACUUUCAAUGGUAAAAAAGCCAUAUUAGGGAGUAAUUUUUAGCAGCUGAAUAUGGCACAGUUAAAUAAAUAAUGCCAUACCACACAGGUGCAUUGCUAAGAAUGCUUCUAAAAAAGAAAAGAA